CAAGAGAGUGAACAGAAGCACGAUGCCUGGGAACGAGACCCGAGUGUUGACAGCAACAACAACAACAGCGUGAAAGUUAUAAUGGCGGAAGGUGGUAGAGUAGAAAUUUGUUUAGAAUUCAGUGGUGGAGCUGAGCUCCUGUUCAACAAAGUCAAGAAGCAUAAUGUUUGUUUACCCGAAGGCUCAACAAAAUGGGAUAUUAGAAAGCUUCUUAUUUGGAUAAAAGAAAAUCUCCUCAAAGAAAGACCUGAAUUAUUCAUCCAGGGUGACAGUGUACGUCCUGGCAUACUGGUGCUAGUCAAUGAUGCAGACUGGGAACUUGUGGGUGAACUUGAUUAUGAAAUUCAGGCGAAGGACACUAUAACAUUUAUUUCAACCCUGCAUGGAGGAUAGCAUUUUGGUAGUUUUUACUGUAAUUUUCGGUAUUUGUGCAUCUAUAUGUAAUAAGAUUAUUUGAAUAUCUAACCAGUGAUUUUCAGGAAGAA